UCAUAAUGUUGGUUUAUAAUACGUUAUUUGAACAGAACUUUGCCCCCUUCUGAUGCCUGUGUUAUUGAGAAGGAUAAAAAUGUCACAUGCUAGCCACAGAUUGAUUUGUAGAAGAUUUUUGUACGGGUGCAUGUUGUCUGAAAGGAGAAGCUUUGUCAAAUCCAUUGCUGUGAAUGGGAAAGGACAUGCACCAGGGAAGGGAGAGUACAUGCCUGAGUACAACUAUAGACUGCCAGGACGGGGAAAGAGGUCACAAAAGUCUUUUGAUGACCAGGAGCUUGGUGUUGCUGUCAGAGGAGAGAUUCUUUUUGGAGUUCAUCCUAUCUCUCUGGCUCUGAGGGCAAACAAGAGAAAACUGUACAAACUUUAUCUCAAACAAAAUACAACCUUCAGAGCAGAAGGAGAGAAAGUCUUACAGAUGGCUAACAAACUCUCUGUCCCUAUGACCUUUGUGGAUAAAGGUGUUCUGGAAAAGCUGAGUGGGUCAAGGCCAAACCAGGGAAUGUGUCUGGAUGUGUCACAGCUACCUGUUCCCUGGGCUGGAUCAUCUCAAGUCAGGACUGAAUUAAAAGAGUCUAAAUGGAGAUACCCUCUGUGGUUGAUGCCAUACAAUGUACAGGACCCCAUGAACUUUGGAGCCAUUCUUAGAACAACAUAUUUCCUGGGUAUUGAUAAAGUCCUUGCCCCACAGAAAGAGAGUUGUAGCUUGAGCCCGGUAGUGAGCAAGGCCAGUUCUGGAGCACUGGAGUUGAUAAAUCUGGCCAGGUUUAAAGAGAUGCAGGACAUGAUAGACUUGUUACAGGAGUGGAAGCUUGCGGGAGGUGAAGUGAUAGGUACAUCUGUUGUAGCUACACGUGAUGUCCCAGUCACACCAUUACCACAACUAGUGGUUGACAAGCCAAUCCUCCUUAUUGUCGGUAAUGAGGAGAGGGGUAUAAGUAGUACUCUAAUGGAGAAGUGUGAUCAAGUUGUGUACAUUCCUGGCUGUGAUGCAGGAUUAAUUGGUUCACUGAAUGUGUCUGUAGCUACAGGAAUUAUUCUCCAGCAUCUGGUGUCCCACAAUGAAAAAAAAGAACAAAAAACUACAUAAUAAUUAAAAUAUUUAUUUUGUGUACAGUGUAUAUAUAUUUUGUGUAUAGUGUAUAUAUGCAUGUAAGAUUUUCAUUUUUUUUGUGUAUAGUGUUUAUAUAAAUGUAAGAUUUUUAUGUUUUAAUAUGUUUUUUUAGUGUAUUAUUAGUUAUGUAGACACUUAGAGGGGUAAUACGGAAAUAAAUGGGGUCCUUGUAAAAAUGCACAUUUUUUCAAGGACUCCAUAUAUUUCUGUUUUACCCUUCUAA